GGUAGUAAAGAGAGAGUCGACAGUCUGGCGGUAGUGGAGGAGUGAGCCGCUACAAUUCUAUCAUCUCGUUCAUUUAAUUUCAUUUCUUACGAUGCUCAAUCCUCAUGAGGGCCAAGCGCUCUAUGCCCCCCCGGUGCCCGCCCCAGGCCCCAUGGUUCCCCCAGCUAGCAUGUUUGGCAACGUACCAGGGUACGAGGACACUUUAGCUGGCGGAGGAGGUGGAUAUCUCCCCCCACCGAUGCCCUUGCACCCGAAUCGGGAUCCAGAGCCUGCACCCGUACAACAAGACUGGAACAUCCCCUCCAUCACUGAAGAUGUGGCGCGGGAGCGUUUUAUAAUGUACGCGUCUGGUUACUGCUGCUAUAACAAUGCCCCCGCCAAGGAUGGAGUUAUCACUGACAUGCAGGCGUUCAACACCUAUCGGUACCGUUUGGAGACAUUCACAGAGUCUAGAUCUACAGAGUGGGCCACCAAGCCUUAUGAAGGUGAACCAGCAGACUUCUACACGCAGACUGCCCCCCGGCCGUGGGAAAUCCCAGUGACAGGUCCCUCCCUGUUCCAAAACCACGAGGAGAACAUAAAAGUCCCUUACACAUCAUCUAACAAGCCCUGCCACACUUGUAGUGCCUCUGGAAAGAUGCCCUGCCAUGAGUGCAAUGGGUCUGGAACGAAAGCUUGUUGGGUCUGCAAUGGAUCUGGCAGACGGGGAGGAGAUAGUCCCUGCAGCCAAUGCAAUGAAAGAGGAAAGGAGAACUGCUCUAAAUGUCAUGGUAACGGGACUAAAGAAUGUGAGACCUGCAAGGGCAAGCGGCAACUGUUGACCUACAUCAACCUUAAAGUCGAGUGGAAGAAUAAUGUUGAAGACUAUGUUGUGGAGCAGAACAGUGGGCUGGAGGUUAACAAUCUGAGCGAUGUGACGGGAAAGACACUCUUCAAAAACGCCCAGUACAUGCUGUAUCCAGUGUAUGGCUUCCCAGAUCCGUCUUUAUCCCAGGCUUCAGACCGUUUGGUUAGAGAACACCAGGCUAAAUACUCCCAGAACUCUCGCAUCCUUCAACAGCAACAAACCAUCGAGUUGAUUCCCAUCACCAAGGUGACCUACAAGUGGAAGGGAGGCAUCCAUGUUUACUAUAUCUAUGGGAACGAACACCAGGUCAAAGUUCCUGACUACCCUGCCACCUGCUGCUGCUCUAUCAUGUAACCAGUCAAGCCAGCCAGCCAGCCAGCCAGCCACUUAACCAUACCCCUUUUGGUGGAUGCGUCACCAGGCCAGCCCAAUACAGCUUGCCUUGACGUGACUUAGUUCAGCUCAGUAUGAAAAAAGGUUUUGUUUAUCAGUUAGCUAGCUAGCUAGUUAGUUAGUUAGUUAGCUAGUUAGUUAGGUAGGUAUUGUAGGUAGUUCUUUAGGGCCUUUUACCCUCUCAGGAGUUUAGGGCUAAGUGUAUUCUGAUCAGUAUACUACAUGUUGUUGUUUAUUUUUAUAAUAAUUAAUGCAGCCCUGGAAUUUCAGGAAUUUGUUUUUUGUUUCAACUUUUUCACAAGUAAAUUACUUUAUGCAAAUAAAAAAAAUGUAUUGUUCAGAAAUGUGGUGGGUACUCUCUUCGUUCGCUGGACUUU